ACACCACUACAGCUGACUCUUGGCAUUGCGCAUGGGGAUCUUAGGCUGCUCGGCCAUGGAAACCAAUGUCAUGAAGCUCCCGACGAACAGUUCUGGUGCUGAUGUUGCAUCCAGAGGAAGUAUGCAUUCAAAUAUAAAUACAGCCUAGGCUACAUAGCAGAGUUGGGGUCAAUUCCAUUUCAAUUCCAGUCAGUUGAGGAAGUACAAUGAAAUUCCAAUUCCCAUUCCAAUUCUCUUCAGUGAGUGUUGCAACCGAGGACAUACAAUUUUUACGCGCUAUGCGCUUCAGCACUUGGCCGUCCCAUUCUGUGAGCUUGUGUGGCCUACCACUUCGUGGCUGAGCCGUUGUUGCUCCUAGACGUUUCCACUUCACAAUAACAGCAUUUACAAUUUACAAUUGACUUGUUGGAAAGGUGGACGCUGAAAGUCACUGAGCUCUUCAGUAUGAGACAUUCUACUGCCAAUGUUUGUCUAUGGAAAUUGCAUGGCUGUGUGUUCGAUUUUAUACACCUGUCAGCAAUGGGUGUGGCUGCAUUAGCCUAAUUUAAAGUGGUGUCCACAUACCUUUGUAUACACAGUGUAUUCGGAAGGCAUUCAGACCCAUUGACUUUUUCCACAUUUUGUUACUUUACAUCCUUAUUCUAAAAUGUAUUAAACAGUUUUUCCCCCAUCUCAAUCUACACACAAUGCCCCGUCAUGACAAAGUGAAAAUAUUUUUUAUUUGUUUUUUUUUGCAAAUGUAUAAAAAAUACAACUGAAAUAUCACAUUUACAUAAGUAUUCAGACCCUUUACUCAGUACUUGUUGAAGCAGAUUUGGCGGGUGCACUUCACAAAAUAUAUGGCAUCAUGAGGCAGGAAAUGUAUGUGGAUAUAUUGAAGCAACUUCUCAAGACUACAGUCAGGGAGUUAAAGCUUGGUUGCAAAUGGGUCUUCCAAAUGAACAUUGACCCCAAGCAUACUUCCAAAGUUGUGGCAAAAUGGCUGAAGGACAACAAAGUCAAGGUUUUGGAGUAGCCAUCACAAAGCCCUGACCUCAAUCCCAUAGAAAAUUGUGGGCAGAACUGAAAAACCGUGUGCGAGCAAGGAGGCCUACAAACCUGACUCAGUUACAUCAGCUCUGUCAGGAGGAAUGGAUCAAAAUUCACCCAACUUAUUGUGGGAAGCUUGUAUAAGGCUACCUGGAACGUUUGACCGAAGUUAAACAAUUUAAAGGCAAUGCUACCAAAUACUAAUUGAGUGUAUGUAAACUUCUGACCCACUAGGAAUGUGAUGAAAGAAAUAAAAGCUGAAAUACAUCGUUCUAUCUGCUAUUAUUCUGACAUUUCACAUUCUUAAAAUAAAGUGGUGAUCCUAACUGACCUAAAACAGGGAAUUUUUACUAGGAUUAAAUGUCAGGAAUUGUGAAAAUCUGAGUUUAAAUGUACUUGGCUAAGGUGUAUGUAAACUUCCUACUUCAACUGUAUAUAGUCAGGUGUGUGCCUUUCCAAAUCAUGUUAAAUCAAUUGAAUUUACCACAGGUGGACUCCAAUCAAGAUGCAGAAACAUCUAAAGGAUGAUCAAUGGAAACAGCAUGUACCUGAGCUCAGUUUCAUAGCAAAGGUCGUCUGCAAAUCUCCAUUCCUGACCCUAAAAAGCUCAAAAUUAUGACCGGGGAGUGGUUUGAAGAGCUCCGGACACAUCGCUAUGGACGACAUUCAGACGUAACAGAAGUUCUGAGGUCUUCAAUGAGGAGAAAGAAGACAACAGCCUUUAGGACUAGUACUUUCAGCGAUGUCGGACAAACAGAAAACAAAGAAGGAGAAAAGGAGAAGAAGGACCCUCAAACCAAGACUUCUGAGAUCCAGAAACCAGACGCAAGUUUCCUCAACCCAUCUUUUCGUGAAAAGGCUAACCAGGAACUUAGCAAUGAGGAAAGCACUGUGGAUACUGACAACACCGCUGUUGAUGUUCCUGAAUGGAAACAUCCACUCUACAGGUCUCAUGAGGGGCCUGCUAGUGAGGAAAAAUGUACCAACCCAUUUACAUCUCAAAAUCAAGAGAUGCCAUGCUCUAGCACAACUGACACUGUCCACCAACCACCAGACAGGAAACCUGGACAAGAAAACAAGACAGAAUCUGCUUAUAUUCCCAAUGCCGUUCUUGAGUCUCAGCUCGGUCCUAUCAACGUAUCUAGUCCCGACCCUCAAACCAAACCAUCAACCGAAUCCCUGGACACUAUUAUGAAUCUGAAGUCUAGCAGAAAGCUGGUGUUUCCCCCUGAAAUAAAGGGUGAUCCAGAGAAGAACAGCUCUGUAAUGUAUGUAGACCCCUAUGUAUGGACACAACCAGAGUUGAAAAGUAGCGUCAUAGAGGCCGAGCCAAAAGACAUAGAGAUGGCCAUAGGAGCAACUAAAACAAUAGUGACAUUGCCUAGGGUUGACACACAUAAUAGGUCAGAGGAUAGCACCAUUGGUUUUGAUGUUGAGCAUUCAGGGCAUGAGUCUCUCACUACUCCGUCUUUUGAGAUCUGGGCACAGAGCAGCCACAUAAGGCCAAAGCCAAAAGAGGUCAACUUUACCUUUGGAAAGACAAAUACCACAGGGACUCCACCUAGUGGUGACACUCUGACCCAAUCAGAAGAUAAGUUCAACAACAGGAGACCUGAUGAUGAAGUUCCAGAACAUGAGGGGCCUCAUAGCAUGCAAUCUUCCGAGGUCAAGUAUGAGAAGGAGAAAUGUCAGCUUGAAUAUGAUGAUAUGCUGGGGCUGGAAUGUGUUAGGCUAAACCAAGAUGUUUCAACAGAGAGCCAAGAACUUCAAACGGACCAAAGCCACAGUGAAAUGCCAUCACUUGAGGAUGCAUUCUCUCUCCAGAGAAAUGACCCGUUGCCUACCAUUGAGUCCUUCAAAUGUACAGAGAAACCUCAGUACUUGCUCCCCGAAGGACCACAGGACAUACUCACCAUAGACAAACAUGUUCCUGUUGAUGAAUCAUCUAUCUUCAAAGAGGCCAGACCCAAAAAGGACCUAGUUUGUUCAGAGGAGUCUCUACCAUUUGCUGUUCAUUUUCUAGGUGAAGUCGUCAUUUCUAGCCAUCCGCAUACAUCAAAGGAAGACGAAGAGAAGGAAGUGUCCACGUUUAGAAAUGAUUCUCUCUCAGAGACUGCAAUUGUUGGUGGCAUGAAACAUGUAACAAAGAUGGACCAUAGGGUUUCUCCAAGAGAUUUUGAUGAAGAGAGGAAACACGGAAAGAUGGAUGUAAAGAAGUCUACUGAAUCUCUAAGCAGAGCAGUGGAUGGGCAGACAUGUGUUACUUUAGAUGGAGAGGAGGCAGAUGUAUUUAAGGAAAGGAAUACUUUGAAGUCCAAGCUGUCUCCAAAUGGAGACUUUCAAAAAGUGAAUCAGAAGACUGGAAAAUGUCUCAUUCCCACACUAGUGGUCAAUUCCCCUGAAUCCCCAGUGACAGAUGACACUGAAGAGCACCCAGCUCGGUCUCAGGAACCCCCUUCAGUGGUUGUUACACCUAUGGACACCUGGGAGGAUGAGGGUCUGGACUCAGAUGAUGACUGCAGCUCUGUCUCCAGCUAUGGGUCUGACUUCUCUGCAAGAAGAGGUUAUGGCUCCAUUGCUUUGGGCCUCACUGGGCGCACUGGCAGUCUUCUGAGUGUGUACAGUGAGGCGGGGGACUUUGGGAAUGUGACUGUUCGGGGGGCAGUGGAGUUCUCGCUAAGGUACAGAAAUGCAGAGGAGCUGAUCGUCACAGUGGAGCAGUGUCAGGACCUUGCCUACGCCAACCCUCGCAAGCAGCGCACUGACCCAUAUGUGAAAACCUACCUCCACCCUGACAAAUCCCGCCAUAGCAAGAAGAAGACCUCCAUCAAGAAACGCACAAUCAACCCAGUUUUUGGUGGAGAGACACUGAAAUACAAGAUGAUGAUGGAUGAUCUGAAAGGCAGGACACUGAACCUUUCUGUGUGGCACAAUGACUCCAGAGGGAGAAAUGUCUUUCUGGGGCAGGUAGACAUUGACCUUAAGACCUGGGACUGGGGGCAUGAGACCCUUACCUGGUACAACCUACAGCCCAAGAAUCCUGGCGUUCAGGACUCUCCUGAAUAUCAUGGACUGUUGACAGUAGCACUGAAAUAUAUUCCCCCUGGCUCAACAGGUGAUGACAAGAUUAACUCAGGGGAGGUCCACGUGUGGCUGAAGGAGGCCAGAGAGCUGCGUAAGCUAAAGCCUCAGGGUGUCGACUCCUUUGUGAAGUGUUACAUGUUGCCUGACACAAGCAAGAAGAGUCGUCAGAAGACGCGGGUGGUGAAGAAGAGCCAAAAGCCUGUGUAUAACCACGCCAUGGUGUACGACGGUUUCCGUGCCGGAGAGGUCAGAGAGGCUUGCUGCGAGCUGACUGUGUGGGACCACAACAAACUCUCCAAUCAGUUCCUGGGAGGGGUGCGCCUCAGUCUGGGCACAGGACAAAGCUAUGGCAAAAACGUGGACUGGAUGGAAUCUGUCAAUGAGGAAAUUCAACUUUGGGAAAAUAUGCUAUCAAGUCCAGAUGCUUGGGUGGAGGGUGAGAUCCCCCUUCGUUCCUCUAUGACCCCGAGGAAGUAGAAUACAUCAGUGCGGGAGCGCAGCGGUAGUGCUAGAGUCGAACAUGCGCACAUUUCCAUGAGCAACACUUUCCAACUUUCUACCCUCUUCAACUGUACCCCAUAAUCUACAUUCUAACUUUUCUGAAUAAAGGAAAACAAAUAUAUCAGGAGGAUGAGGUUCGGUAAAAGGUAAUUACUGCUCAGAACCUUUUUUAUUGUGAUUAAUCAAAGUAUAAAGAAUUAGAAUUGCAAUGCAUCAUUUUUCGGUGCAUUUUUUAUUCACCAAUACUUUACUUACAGUACCAGUCAAAAGUUUGGACACAUCUACUCAUUCCAGGGUUUUUCUUAAUGUUUACUAUUCUCUACAUUGUAGAAUAAUAGUGAAGACAUCACAACUAUGACAUUUUUAUUUUUCCUUUAUUUAACUAGGCAAGUCAGUUAAGAACAAAUUCUUAUUUACAAUGACGGCCUAGGAACAGUGGGUUAACUGCCUUGUUCAGGGGCAAAACGACAGAUUUUUACCUUGUCAGCUCAGGGAUUCGAUCUAGCAACCUUUCGGUUACUGGCCCAACGCUCUCACCACUAGGCUAACUGUCGACCCAAAACAUAACACAUAUGUAAUCAUGUAGUAACCAAAAAAGUGGUCAUAUAUUUUAGAUUCUUCAAAGGAGCCACUCUUUGCCUUGAUGACAGCUUUGCAUUCUCUCAACCAGCUCCACCUGGAAUGCUUUUCCAACAGUCUUGAAGGAGUUCCCACAUAUGCUGAGCACUUGUUGGCUGCUUUUCCUUCACUCUGCAGUCCAACUCAUCCCAAACCAUCUCAAUUGGGUUGAGAUUGGGUGAUUGUGGAGGCCAGGUCAUCUGAUGCAGCACUCCAGCAGUCUCCUUCUUGGUCAAAUAGCCCUUACACAGCCUGGAGGUGUGUUGGGUCAUGGUCCCACUAUCAUUUGUUUUUCAUCAGGACAAAGUGCAAACUAUAUGGGAUGGCAUAUUGCUGCAGAAUGCUGUGGUAGUCUUGCUGGUUGUGUGCCUUGAAUUCUAAAUAAAUCACAGACGGUGUCACCAGCAAAGCACCCCCUCACAAUCACACCUCCUCCAUGCUUUUGGGUGGGAACCACACAUGCAGAGAUCAUCCGGUUACCUACUCUGCGUCUCACAUAAACCCUGCGGUUGGAACCAAAAAUCUCUAAUAUGGUCUCAUCAGACCAAACGACAGAUUUCCACCGGUCUCGUGUCCAUUGCUUGUGUUACUUGUCCAAAGCAAGUCUCUUGUUGUUAUUGCUGUCCUUUAGUAGUGGUUUCUUUACCGAAAUUAGACUAUGAAGGCCUGAUUCACGAAGUCUCCUCUGAACAGUUGAUGUUGAGAUGUGUCUGUUACUUGAACUCUGUGAAGCAUUUAUUUGGGCUGCAAUUUCUGAGGCUAGUAACUCUAAUUAACUUUUCCACUGCAACAGAGGUAACUCUGGGUCUUCCUUUCCUGUGGCGGUCCUCAUGAGAGACAGUUUCAUCAUAGAGCUUGAUGGGUUUUGCAACUGCAUUUGAAGAAAUGUUCCAUAUUGAAGGACCUUCAUGUCUUAAAGUAAUGAGGGACUGUCUUUUCUCUUUGGUUAUUUGAGCUGAUCUUGCCAUAAUAUGGACUUGGUCUUUUACCAAAUAGACCUAUCUUCUGUAUACCACCCCUACUUUGUCACAACACAACUGAUUGGCUGAAACGCAUUAAGAAGGAAAGAAAUACCACAAAUGAACCUUUAACAAGGCAGGUCUGUUAAUUGAAAUGCAUUCCAGAUGACUACCUCAUGAAGCUGGUUGAGAGAAUGCCAAAAAUGUGCAACGCUGUCAUCAAGGUAAAGGAUGGCUAUUUUGAAGAAUCUCAAAUCUCAAAUAUAUUUUGAUUUGAUAAACACUUUUUUGGUUACUACAUGAUUCCAUAUGUGUUAUUUUGUAGUUUUGAUGUCUUCAAUAUUAUUCUACAAUGUAGAAAAUAGUAAAAAUAAAGAAAAGCCCUGGAAUAAGUAGGUGUGUUCAAACUUUUGUCUGGUACUGUAUAUCUUGCAUUAUAAUGGUUGUUUUAUUUGACAGAAUAGAGUAUUCUGUUAACUAUUGUUUGUGUGUUCUACUGAGGAUGGGCCUCUAUGAGAUAACACUGACAGAGGAGAUUUACGAUGUCUUUGGGUGAUAAAACCUAAAGAGCAUUCCAGAGAACAUGAGUUAAUGUUUCUGCUCUAUAACCGUACCAGGGAGAGAUGGUUCUAGUUUGGAGUCUUAACCUUGUGAACAUUCUAUGUAUAUGUUUGUCAUGUAGGUUGAAAGGGGUGUAUAUUGCCUAUAAAAUACCUUUGUACUUUUGUUUUAUCACUCUCAACGGAUCAUUAGAAAUGGUGGAUCGUUGAAUGCUAUUGCAAAGCUCUUAUUAAAGAUUUAGUUUAAGUAUGA